ACGUGACGCGGGUGCCGCAGAGGCCGAGGUCGUCGCUGCAGAAGCCGGAGAGACCCCGGCGAGCCCCGACCCCGGCCUGGCCAUGCUGUCCCGCCUGCUGAAGGAGCACCAAGCGAAGCAGAACGAGCGCAAGGAGCUGCAGGAGAAGAGGAGGAGAGAAGCCAUCGCUGCUGCUACCUGCCUGACAGAAGCCUUGGUGGACCACCUCAAUGUUGGCGUGGCCCAGGCCUAUGUCAAUCAGAGGAAGCUAGACCAUGAGGUGAAGACUCUCCAGGUCCAGGCCACACAGUUUGCCAAGCAGACAGGCCAGUGGAUUGGGAUGGUGGAAAACUUCAACCAGGCACUCAAGGAAAUUGGAGAUGUGGAGAACUGGGCUAGGAGCAUCGAACUGGACAUGAGGACAAUCGCCACAGCUCUGGAAUAUGUCUACAAGGGGCAGCUGCAGUCGGCCCCCUCCUAGCUUCGUCCUUUUUCCUCCACAGCUCCUCAGCUGUCUGCUCAGUCACUGAGCUCUCUGGCAUUUCUUCUGUCUCACUUAUUCUCAGCUAACCAGGGGAAGAGGAGGUCAGCAAGACCCUCAAUAAAGCAUGAGUGUCUGGCCA